AUGAGCGAAACAAUCACCAAGCGAAUGGCUGCCGUGCGGAUCCUCAGCAGAUCCACGCACGCAGGAACCAAAUCCGUGAGGAUGUUCUAUCAGCUUUUCGCCGAAAGUGUGCUGACCUAUGGCUUGCCGACGUAUUGGCAUGGCCUCGGCGCGAAGGAAAAGGCGGCGCUCAACAGCGUGCAGCUGGAGGGGGC